AUGUGGUGGGCCCUGCUGCCGCUCCCGCUGCUGCUGCCCACGGCGCUGCGCCCCAGCUGGGCAGGGCCACCCCAGGAGAGGGGCCCUCUUUUCCGGCUCACUCGGCGGGACCCCCGGGAGAGCGGGACCAGCAACGCCACGGUGUCGCCGUGCGAGGGGCUGCCCGCCGCGGGAGCCUCGACCUGGACCCUCGCGAACCGCAGCCUGGAGCGCCUGCCCAGCUGCCUGCAGCCCGCACUGCGCAGCCUAGACGUCAGCCACAACCUGCUGCGCGCCCUGAGCGCCGCCGAGCUCGGGCCCCUGGCGCGGCUGCAGGUGCUGACGCUGCGCCACAACCGCAUCGCCGCGCUGCACUGGGGCCCGGGCGGGCCGGCGGCGCUGCACACGCUGGACCUCAGCUACAACCGGCUGGCCGCGCUGCCGCCGUGCGCCCCGCCCGCGCUGCCCGGCCUCCGCUCGCUGGCGCUCGCCGGGAACCCGCUGCGGGCGCUGCAGCCCCGGGCCUUCGCCUGCCUCCCCGCGCUGCGCCUCCUCAACCUCUCCGGCACGGCGCUGGGCCGCGAGCCCGGGGCGGGCAUCGCCGACGCGGCCUUCGCGGGAGCGGGCGGCGCGCUCGAGGUCCUGGACCUCAGCGGCACGUUCCUGGAGCGCGUGCAGUCAGGGUGGAUCAGAGACCUGCCGAAGCUCACAUCUCUCUACCUGAGGAAGAUGCCCAGGCUGAGAAUUCUGGAGGGGGACAUUUUCAAGAUGACCCCCAACCUGCAGCAGCUGGAUUGUCAAGACUCCUCAGCACUUACUUCUGUCCACACACACAUCUUCCAAGACACUCCUCGCCUACAGGUCCUUCUCUUCCAGAACUGCAACUUGAGUUCCUUUGCUCCUUGGAGCCUGCAUUCCUCCCAGGUCCUGUCCAUCAACCUCUUUGGCAACCCUCUCAUCUGCAGCUGUGAAUUGUCCUGGCUCCUCAGGGAUGCAAAGAGGACUGUCCUAAGCAGGGCAGUGGACACUGUGUGUGUACCAGCUUCAGGGUCCCGAGACACCUUCUCGGCCCCUCUUUCGCUGACCCAGCUGCCCACUGUGUGCCAUCUGGACCAAAGCACCACCCUCCUCGAUUCCAGCUCGCCCCACUCUGUUCCCUUCGCCCACGCACCGUCUACACAGGGUCUCACCACCCCACCGAGCACAGCCCCCUCCACUCGACCCGUGGAAGCUGGGCAGAGCGUCACCAAGCCCCCCUCCCUCCCCGCGGAUUCCGCCACACAAACUGCAUGGUCACACAGUGCCAUCAAGGUGGGGACCGCCCCCUCCCCGGCCAUCUCCACAGCGGAUUCCAGCAACUCCGGCGCUCUGCGCAGGGCAGCAAGCACAGCUGGGACAGAGCCCCAAGAAGAACACGCUGCCAUGCUGGGCCAUACGCCUCACGUCCCAGCUGCCUCCACCGCCUUGGCCAGCAAACACCCUGGGCUCUUCCCUACCCCCUGGAGCCCAGUGCGGACGCCCCAGCCUGACUGCACAACACAGGCCACCCCGCAGGCGCCCCUCCCGAGUCCUUCCGAGGGCGCGAUUCCAAUCUUGCUGUUGGACGACUCCAGUGAGGAGGAGGAGGAGGGUCAGAAGGAGGAGGUGGGCGCGCCUCCCCAGGAUGUCCCCUGUGAUUACCACCCCUGCAAGCACCUCCAGACCCCGUGCGCGGAGCUGCAGAGGCGCUCGCGGUGCCGGUGCCCCGGCCUCAGCGGGGAAGACACCCUCCCGGACCCCCCCAGGCUGCAGGCGGUGACCGAGACCACCGACACGUCGGCCCUGGUCCGCUGGUGCGCCCCCAACUCGGUGGUGCGCGGCUACCAGAUGCGCUACUCUCCCGAGGGCCGGCCGGGGAACCAGUCGGUGACGGUGGUGGCGGACAUCUACGCCACCGCCCGGCAGCACCCCCUGUACGGGCUCUCGCCGGGCACCACGUACAGCGUGUGCGUCCUGGCCGCCAACCGGGCGGGCCUGAGCCAGCCGCCGGCCUCGGGCUGGACGCGGGCGUGCGCCGCCUUCACCACCAAGCCCAGCUUCGUGCUCAUCUUCGCGGGGCUGUGCGCCGCCUGCGGCCUGCUGCUCGUCACCACCCUGCUGCUCGCCGCGUGUCUGUGCAGGCGGGGCCGUCCGCCACGCCCCCAGCGCCACGACACGCACCUGGUGGCCUACAAAAACCCAGCCUUCGACUACCCGCUGAAGCUCCAGACGCUCAGUUAG